GUUUCGGUCUUUAGGGCUGAGCAGGAAGUGCCUGACUGUGGACCCUGAACGAUAAAAAAAGAGCACAGAAAAAAAGGCAAAAUAAAUUCAAAAUGGAAAUGGUGGCAGACUUGGGGGCGAGUAGACUCUAUCGGGCGCCGGGUGAAUCAAGUCACCAGUGAGUAUCGAUGGAUUUUGUCAGGGGUAUCGCGGCGUGGGGCGUAAGCGGGUCCUUCCGACACCUCACGCCUGGGAAAGAGUCGCUGGGUUUGGGCAGCAGGCAAAUCCUCCCCGGUGCUCGCUGCGCUCCGGACCUCCGGCGAGAAGUGGGGGUGGUCUUUAGGAUGAAAACGGGCGUUUUCGUGCCUAAUAUAAUAUAUUAUGUGAAUAUAUUUAUUUAUCAACUGGCAGCAUGCACAGUUGCUGGAGGUUUGUAUCUAUUUUUCUAUUGUGUGCUGGCUGGAGCCUGAAGUGGGCGUCGCUCCAGGACAGACUGGGCUGCUCUGGUGCUCCGCUGCCCGCUUUUCUCUCGCAGGACUGCAGCACUCUCAUGCCGUUCUGUAGGUCGAGUGAUACCAGAAUUAAGGGAGAAUAGCUCGGUAAACAUACUAGACUUGGUUCCGUUUGAAAUAAGGAGCACUAUAGAGUUUUGCGGGCGGGCGUUGCACCGUGGGUUAUCGGGCGUUGUGAAGCUUGUCAGCAAGCAUCGGGUAGCCUAAUUAAAAAUGAAUGCGUGUAAUGCAGACCUUACACGAGAAUGGCUAAAUAGGUUACUAUAGAAAAAGAGGAACUAUUCAAAAGAUGUGGUUUCGGCAAUAUAUUUCUCUAUUUGAAUACCGGUGACAGUGUUUUUUUCUCUUCCCAUGAGUCUGGUUUGUUUGUAACAUCAGAUUUCAUGUGCGCUUUAGCGUCUCUCAGUGAUGAUUACAGGGUUUUGCCACCCGAUGGUCUCUGACAGUGUGACUGGAGUCGGGUGUAGCCCAUUAGAAGAAGAUUUUGAUUGAAUGCUCGUCCAGCCAAUCGCAGUGCAGAAUGAAGUCCUGUGGGCGGAUGGUCUGCUGAGCUGGAAAUAGUCCAGUGCAGAAACAAAGACAGAGGAGAACUGACAGCUACAUCAAUGGUGUGUCACUGGUGUAUUUGCUAUGUGACCUGCUGUCAAUAUUUAGGGUCUGUAGCUAAUCAUUUACCAAGGCAGCCUCAGAGGUGGUUCAACACCGCUGACAUCACAGUGUCUCACCAAAGCAGCCUGCUGAAGCAGCUCAACCAGCAGCGGCGCCAGGAACUUUUCUGUGACUGCAGCGUGCUGGUGGAGGGACAGCUCUUCAGGGCCCACCGCAACGUCCUGUACGCCAGCAGCGGCUACUUCCGCAUGCUGCUGUCCCAGGGGCCCGACGGGCUGUCCGACUCUGUCAACGCUACCUUUGACGUCUUCAGCCCUGAGACCUUCACCGUCAUCCUGGAUUUUAUCUACUCUGGCCAGCUGGACCUCUCCAGUCACAAUGUGAUUGAGGUGAUGUCUGCAGCCAGCUACUUGCAGAUGAACAAUGUCAUCAACUACUGUAAGAACUUUAUCAAAUCCUCCUUGGACAUCAGUGUGAAAGAUGAAGACAGUGGCCGCUGCCUAAGUUUGUCUGAGACCUGCAGUUUUACCAGUGGGGCAGGACAAGAAACCUCAGAGCAGCAACAGCAAAGCAUCGGCUCUGUCAGCCCACCACCUGCACUCUGGACCCGGGACAACUCCAGAUCUCAGUCUAGCUUUAUGGGGAAAGACCAAGAUCAGGAGUCAUUGACCUCAGUCCUACAGACUAACCCAAGCAGCCCUGCUGAUGAUCUCAAUGCAGAGGCAGAGGACCUGCAGGACCCUCAGGACCCUCUGUACACCUUGCCUGGAUCAGAGCGCCGGCGAGGAAAAGGGGGAACCAAGAGGAGAGCAUCCAACAGCAUCCGCUCCAACCAAUCUGAAGACCUAGACAUCGAAGAGGCGAGGACACAAAAGGCUGAAAAGGCAGAGGAGCUAUAUGCUACUCUGCCACCUAUUGUGGGUGUUAUUGGACACUUUAAUAAAGACUCCAACCCCAUUAUGCGCUUCAAGUGUCCCUUUUGCACACACACGGUGAAGAGGAAGGCUGACCUGAAGCGUCACUUGCGCUGCCACACUGGAGAGAGGCCAUACCCCUGUCAGGCUUGCAAUAAACGCUUUACUCGCCUGGAGCAUCUUCGUAGUCAUUUUGAGACGAUCCAUCAAGCCAGGAAGCUGGUGUGCAGGAAGUGUAAGUGUCAGGUGACAGAGGAGACUGGGCAUGUGGUGUGUGAGGGCACACGCCGCUACCGCAUGUGCACCACGUGCAUCCAGGAAGUGGAUUGUGAUGAGAUCCCCAUGGACAGUCUAGAUGGUGCCAGUGAAGAACCGGCCCUGUUAUUGGGAGUUGACGGUGAAGAGGAGGGGGACAGCAAGAGGAGCUGGAUGGUAACCGAUGACGACGACCUGGCUGAAGACUCGGGGGCGGACCUUAUCAUCCAACAGGUUGACGACAGUGACGAGGAGCUGCAGUGAAAUGAAACCAAAGUGUGUGUGUGCAGAAGCAUGCACAAAUAUUGUGUGUGUGUGUGUGUUUUUGUUUGUGCGCGCGUGCUUGCAUGCGGGCUAAAGCCAUGCAAAACAAUUUAUGCACUAAAUAUGUUCACUAAUGUAAAUACACACAGUUAUGGUAUAUUAGUUGUCUAUUAGUUACAUGCAACUGUUUAAUCUUUACUUUAAAUGACUUCUGAAUGCUUUUUGUUAAAUUUAUAAAGAUAUGCAGUAUCCAAAGCAUGCAUAUUCAGUGUUUUACUUUGCUUCAAUUAUAGUUAAAUGAUAACUCUUUCAAAUAUAUAUUUUUUUCAUAUGCAUGGAAGAAUACGUUUGCUACUUUUUGGGACUGCUUUGAUAAAAGCUGGA